AUGAAUAUAAGAGCCCUCACCGAAUUUAUAAAAAUAACAAAAUGUACAUCCUGUGUCACAUUCUAUAAGGAUUUAUAAUAAAAUAGAUACAAGAGCAACGAUUUUCAUCAAGCCUUGCGUAACGCAUAGCACAAACCUCUAUUGUUUAAACUUUCCCAGUUGCAUCCUCAAAACAUUAUUAUGAUUAAAUGGGGCAACCUAAAAAAUUAAUGAAUCUAGAUAUCUUACUAAGUUAGCAGCGCUUAGGUUCAAUACUUGGAUUGAUAUAUCCAAUGUCGCAUUAAUUACAUUUGUCAUAACUUUCACAUACCGUACAUCUACCCCAAUAACAUUCUACCUUAAAAAUAAUUAAUACCUUGAGGUGAUUAUUUACUUCUCUAAUAAUCAAAUCCUGGUUUUACUUAUUAACAAUCUCUACCAAAAUAAGGAUGUUUGCAAAAUUAACAAUCAUAGCGAUAAUAAGAAUUUUAUGUAUCAUCUUAAGGGUAAGCUAAAUAAAUUAAGCAUAAUUCAGGAUCACGCCUUUUCUCACAACUAUAAGACAUCAUUCCAUCAUUAGAUGAAAGUUGAAUUUUCAAGUAAUAAGGAGGUUGGCAAAGUACGGUGAUAUCAUCAAAUAUCAUUUUUUCUGGUUUGAAUCUAGGAUGACAUAAAUAAUAGUAAGG